CACAAUAUGUCAAAAUAUUAUUUGUAACAAACAUUAAAAUGAGUGGCUUAUUGACAAAAGUCCUAAGGUUGCCCGUCCAGUUUCCUUUAGUCCGGGGCAUGCUGUCUUACGCUAUAAUCUGGCCUUCAUGCAGCAUCGUGCAGGAGUACCUAGAACAUGGGACAAGGCUGUCAAACGCCAACUGGGCCAGAGCAGCAAGAUUCAGCUUCUUCGGCACCUUCUUCAUGGCUCCAGUCUUUUACGGGUGGAUGAAGUAUUCUAGCAGGUUCUUCAAAAGGAAGGACCUGAUCACAGCGAUAUCCAGGGCAGCUGUCGAACAAGUAUCGUAUUCUCCGCUGGCGAUGGCGUACUUCUUCUUCGGAAUGAGCAUGCUCGAAGGGAAGCCGUACAAAGUCUGCGUGAACGAAGUGAGAGAGAAGUUCUGGCCCACUUACAAGAUUGGCAUGGUGUUUUGGCCAACAGCACAAACAUUGAACUUCUAUUUCGUUUCUGAGAAGAACAGGAUUGUGUUCGUGAGCGCUGCAAGUUUCGUUUGGACUGUGUACCUAGCACACAUGAAGGGGAAGGAGCAAAAGAAUGAGAGUCGCUUCAGUGGUUUAGACGAGCAGUCAUUUAACAUAGAGCCGAUGGCUGCCAACCUAGAUACAGGGGUAGAAGUGGAGUCUACGAUGGAUAAAUUCAUAGCUGGUGACAGUGGAGGUCCAGACCUGAUCACUGAUCAGAAUCCAGUUAAAGAAAUGAAAGGGGACGCGGACAACGUUUCUGAAAGCCCUGUGGUGGUCGUGGACAAUACUGCUGAAGAGAAGAAGCCUGAGUUGGUGUCUGACGAGCAUCCAGAUGGGAAGAGUUCCCUGGUGGUGGAAAGUCUCUCGGAUUCGGAAGAGAAUGAAGGGUCUACGUUAGACGAUGAGUCCGAGGAGGAGACCGAGGGAACAGUUACGUAAGGUAUUGAUUUUUCUCCAAAGUGAUGCAGUCGCUUGUGAUUUGAU